UUAAUUUAUUUAUAUCAAAAUUUGUUUCAUUGUUGCUAAGCACUCUCUCUCUCUCCCACACACAGACAUAUAAUUGUUCAUAACCCAUCAACUGAUCUGCAGAUUCUAUAAAUACUUAUCCUGCAAAAGUUCCGGCCAAGCCCAGUACUGAAGCUCUCUACUUCUAAUUUGACAUAUAUAGAGAUUAUUUUGAGAAAGGAGAAAAAUGAUGAAAGUGGAAGUGAUCUCAAGUGAACUGGUGAAGCCAUCUUCCCCAACACCUUCUCAUCUGAAAACAUUCAAGAUUAGCCUCAUGGACCAGCUCCUUGUUUCGGAUUACAUCCCAUUUAUCUUUCACUACCCCAUAACUGAUCCUAAUUGUGACACAAACCAACUGGUGCUUCACUUAAAGAAUUCGCUUUCCGAUACUUUAACUCGAUUCUACCCGCUUGCUGGACGGUUUAAGGAUCACAUGUCAGUCGACUGUAACGAUGAGGGAGUCCUAUUUAUCGAAACCCGAGUGAACUGUUCGAUGUCUGAGUUCCUUAAUGAACCCCAAAUUGAGCAGCUCCACCAGUUCGUUUUCUUCAUAGAAAUGGGGUCAGAGCCCGAGACAAGCUUGUGCCAACUCGCUGUUCAAGUCAAUGUGUUUGCUUCUGAUGGAAUUGCCAUUGGUGUGUCCAUGUUGCACAAGAUGAUGGAUGGCUCCACCCUUGCAACUUUCCUCAAGUGCUGGGCGGCCAUUGCGAGUGACGACAGUCAAGGCAAAGCGAUAUUCCCCGACCUCACAGUAGCAUCGUCGUUGUUCCCUCCACGAUCAGAUCAAUUGCCGCGCAGCAUGUCAUUUCUCAAAGAUACUUGGGUGAAGAAAGGGAAAAGCAUUCUAAGAAGAUUUCUGUUUGACGAUGCCGCCAUUAAAGCCCUCAAGGCCAAGGCAAGCAGUCGAGCUGUGCCCAACCCCAGUAGCUCCUUGGCGGUAUCCGCUUUUAUAUGGAAAUGCGCAGUGGCUGCUUCGAGAAAGGUGAAAGGAAUCCAAAGCGGCCAAAUUGCUACCAUCUUGGCCUAUGCAGUGAACAUGCGAUCUCGAAUGGUGCCCCCAGCACCUGAACUUUCAAUGGGGAAUAUCUUUUGGCUAGCAACUGCAACCCAGAGGGAUGGUGCGGGACUGGAAGAGAUGGUGGGAUCAGUAAGAGAAGCGGUGGGUAAGUUGGACCGUGAGUACGCUCAGAAGAUGCGAGGGGAAGAAGGGUUUCACCAGAUAUGCAAGUUAAUGGAAGAAAGAGACGAAUUAUACGCGAAAGAGAAGCCAGAAGUGUACAUGGUGAGCGACCUGAGGAGCUUCAGAUUCUCGGAGUUGGACUUUGGAUGGGGAAAGCCCACAUGGGUGAGCAAUUCAUGGGGAUUCUCGAGCCCAGUGUUUGUGAACGGAGUGUUCCUGGGAGAGAGCCAUGAGGGCGGGGGAAUAGAAGCAUGGGUGCACCUGGAGGGGGACGAAAUGAGAGUCUUCGAGCAUGACCCUGAGCUGCUUAGUUUCGCCAAGCUGAAUCCCGGAAUUCCUCUUUGAUGAAUUCAGCUUUGAUCAAUGAUGAUCGUGUGAUGUCUUCUUGUCUUGCAUGUAUGAUGUAUCCUCCCAAUGCCAAGAUUACUGGCCAGUGGGCAGUGGCCACGACUCGUUUGGGAUUAAUUGAUUGGCCUCAGAUUAAUUUAAUUGUUGUUUCUGA